AUGAUUAAACAGGUCCACAUUGACAAACAUGAGGAGGUGAAGAGCCCUAUCAGCCAGCCUUAUCAGAUAUGAAAGGAUAUAAAGUCUUUAGCUCAUCAACUGUAUUCCCUCAGUGAGCUUCCAAGAGAAGGAGCUAGCCUUCUUCUGAAUUAUUUUAACAAUGAUGAUACUAAAAGGGAGCUAGAUAUACUUGCCAGCAACCUUAGAGCAUACAAGAGUAAUAAUAAACUAAAUUUUAAAUAAGAACCAAAUCGAAGUGAAAUCUCCCAAAGCGGUUCAUGUCCUUCAUGGUUUCAACGUUCAAGUCAGCAACUUAGUCGUGAAGUUAAUAAUGAUUAAAGAGUUCGAAACAGCUAAUGCAGUAUUCAAAUGCCUUAAGGACUCAAUGUAUGGACUUUCCAGGUCUUCACUAUUCAAUAAUUCUGCCUGAGCUAAGGUCCUACAGAGUAACUUUAAAGAUGCUAGUAAAGAGCUGGCAGAAUGAGAAUACCUUGAACUCAAUUCAGAAAACAGCAUUGGAAUUGCAAUAAACUCCAACAAUCGCUGAGUAAUGCUGAUGAAGCAGCGGAGAUAUCAUGAAGCUCAUGAUGCAGCAAAUCGAGGAGUGGUUGUUCUAGAGAAAUUGAUAAAAUUCCCUAAACUAAAAUCAGAUAAAGCCUGUGCAAAAAUGAUGAGGAGUCACUCAUUUGUGCAAAACCUGAAACUGCUUCUAAUGAGCUACUAUAACCUUGCUCAAUCAAAGGUUAAAAUAGGGCAAUCAAAAGAUGCAGAGAUAAUCUUCAACCAUGGCUUGCUCAUGUCUGAGAAAUUUUUCAUCACAAAUACUCUCAUUGCAAAGAAGUAUAAAUAAAAGAGCAAGGUUGAACAAUAAAAACAACAAGAACAAAAAUUUUAUUCAAAAAAAUAUCAAGAAUGCUGCUGUUCCAGUUUCUAAAUCUCCUGUUAAGCCGCUACAGAGUUCUUCAUCUCUAAGAUCAACAAGAAGUAGCAACCAUUUAGCUCAGAUCAAAACUACCAGAAAGCAUCAGAGCCCAACCAAGAUAACCAGUCCUCUAUCCAGUAGCAAAGUGAAGCAAAAUAAGAGGGUAAAAUCCGCAUUUGAAAAUUCCUUACAAGAAAUGAUCCUUGCAGAGAAAGAUCUACUCAAAUCUUCAGAAAAUGAAGAGUGAGAAUCAAAGGCUACCAAGGCUACUAAAGCGCUCUCAUCUGAGCUCUCUAACAAAAUUAGAAGAAAAAUAGCUUCCUUCACCGAAGAGGAUAUACAUAAAAUAAUGGAGAGUAUCCGGAACAACACUCCUAGCAUCACAAAGAUCCCUAAUUGGAGGGAUUUUGCAGAUAAACAAGUUAUGUAUGCUAAAGGACAAAAGGAGAAGCAUCAAAAAUGUUAUGCUUGAGACAAUUAA